UUUGUAAGAAAAAAACCUCAAACCUUUUUAAACCAAUUACUUAAUAAGUUUGGGUAGUAAUGGUUAUAGUUAAUUAACUGGUAAUUUGUAAUUAAUUGGUUAAUUUAUGGUAUUUAUUUAAUAGAGUAACUAAUCACUUAAUUAUUUUUCUCCUUCAUUCCAGCCUUCUCUUUCGCCCGUCAAUCCAAGAGUCACGAUUUCCUCUCCCUCUUCGCCCUCACCUCCGACGGCUCUCUUUACGGGUGGGGUUACAAUUCGGGCGGAAAUCUCGGUCUCGGUUACGCCUCCGAUGACCCUAUGCCCCCAACUAGAAUCCCUUUCCCACCCACCAUCAAACCCGUCGCCAUCGCCAUCGGGGACGGUCACACUUUGACCUUAACAAAGGACGGCAAGGUGUUCGCCUUCGGAAGAAAUUCCCACGGUCAGAUCGGCAACGGAUCGACGAAGGACCAAUUUCAAGUGAUCGAAGUGCGCAUGACCAUCACGCUCGAUGCACGGCGCCAAAUUCAAAUUGUCCAAAUUUCCUGCGGGUCCUGUCACUCUGUCGCACUGUCAGACGACGGGUCAGUUUACAGCUGGGGAGCAAAUGACAAAGGUCAACUCGGCGAAGGGUCAAAAAUCGAGAAUAAUCCGACCCCGAAAAGAAUCCUGUUGGUUGCCAAGGUAACGAAAAUCUCGUGCGGAAAACAUCACACGUUGGCGAUGACGGAGCGUGGCGAAAUUUACGCGUGGGGGUCAAACCAUCACGGUCAGUUGGGGACAGGGUCGUCAAGCAAGAGUCGAAUCCCGGUCAAAAUAGAUGUCGACGGGAGAAUCCGCGACAUUUUGGCGUUGAAUUCAAUUAGCGCGUGCAAAUUUGAAAAGAGUGGCGGGGGAGGGGAUAUAGUCGCAAUGGGGGAGGUAGGCGACGUUUUCUCGAGCUGGGACACUGAUCCGGUGACCCCAGGGGUACUGAAGGGAGGAGAAGGAAAUUCUGCGGUAAAUUCAAAUUUGAUGAAGUGGAACGCUCUGAAAUGCGUAGAUUACGAGGAGAUGCCCGCACUCAAGUUGGCGUUCGUUUAUGGCUCGGGCUUCGAGCAGUCGGCUAUUUUGAUCAGCAGGGAUGAGGACGACGUCUACUUUGUGGGGCGGAGUGUCCACGGGAGUCUGGGGAGUGGGGCCAGCACAGAAUUUGAGACGAGGGUGCCCAUCAAAAAUGUCAAUUUGAGUGGAAAAGGGAUCUUUUGGCUCGACUACGGUCUCGACGUGGCUGGUGGGUGCACGUGUCUAUUUGCUCUGACCACUUCCGGUUGCAUCUACUCCCGGGGGUACAAUGACUUUGGGGAGCUAGGUCAGGGCUUCUCCUCCCUAGAGCCGGGCGUUCCGAACAAAAUCGACAUGUUUGGCGACACCAUAAAAAUUGCGCAGAUCGCGUGUGGCUCCGAUCACGCGAUGGCGAUUUCCGAGGAGGGACAUCUCUACGCCUGGGGCUACAACUUUUACGGACAACUGGGGACGGGAUGUUUAGAUGAUCACGUCCCCACGCCAGAGAGAGUGACCGCGUUCAGGUCAAAGGGCACGGAAAUUGUGUCCGUGGCAGCGGGGAUGUUCCAUUCCGUGGCGGUGACGGGAGAUGGACAUGUUUACGCCUGGGGUCAAAACGACAAAUCCCAGCUCGGCGGUGGAUGUUCUGAACCAUACUCUGCCACCCCGACACUCGUCCCCUUUCGCGUGUCGAAUUCUCCCAUUUCGCGCGUCGCCUGCGGUCCCGACUCCACCCUCGCGCUCUCGACGGAUGGAAAACUCUACUUUUUUGGCCACUGCCCCCACACCCCGGAAGAACCGUCGGAAUCCUCCUCCGACAGAAAAGGUCACCCAUUCCAGCUUUGCACCGAUCUCGACCCCUUGGAUUCAAUCGUCGACAUGGGCGCGAAACACUGGGCGACGAUGUACGCGUGUGGGACAGAAAGCGGGAAAAUCUACGUCUGGGGAAAAUUGCGCGGGGGGCGGAAGAAAGAACUUUUGCGCGAGGAACCACGCGCCGUCUUGGUGAACGACGUCUUUUCUUUUUUCUCCAAUCCGCCCGGAAUGAUCAGACCGAUGGCGUUGGUGGAGUGAAAUUAUUUGGAUGAAACUUUUUGUGUAAAAUUGAUCGAAAAUUUUGAUUUGUGAAGAAAUGACUGUAAUUUAUGUGUUGAGUAUUUUUAGUCAGUUAUUUUUUUGGUUGUACUUAUGUAAGGAAUGAAAUGUGUGUUGGUUGGUUGGUGAUGUGA